UCCACAUCUUUACUAGGAAUGUUUUGUUCCAUUCUCCAACCAAUGUGGAAUCUCACUUAACUUUUCUCGUUACUCGUGGCUCUAGCUAAUUUAUUCCUUUUGUCUUCCUUUCAAACUAGGUUCAAAACCAAUGGAACAACAGAAAGAAAAACCAUCAGCUGCAGCAAACCCACCCAUCCCUUCUUGUCGAAAGAAGAAAAACGAAGAAGCUACAUUCUUGGAGGACUUGAAGGAUCACAUCGACGAGUUCAUUCACGCAUCGAUGGACGAACACAAAUCGUGCUUUAAGAAAACCAUCAACAAGAUGUUCCGUAUGUCUAAAGUUGUGGCAGAUAAGAAUUCAGAGACAAGUGGAGUUGAGAGCUCUCUGCCUCUUCGAACAACAGUAUCAGAAUAAAUUCUCUUUUUUCCUCUGUUCUAGGAUACUCUCUCUCCAUCUUCAACCAAAUCCUUGUACUUUGGAUCUUUUGUUUUGCUUUAUUUCCACAGUUUAUACCCAUUGUUACUUAUUUUUCUUUUUUGAUUCUUAAGUUCUUGUUUAUUUCCUCAGGCGCA